AUGAGAUUAUCGUUUAUCGUGUUUUCCACCCAGGCACACGUCAUUAUGCCAUUAACUGGAGACAGAGAGAAAAUCAAGAAAGGUCUUAAGGAUUUAGAGGAGGUAAAACCAGCAGGUGACACAUACAUACAUGAAGGAUUAAAACAGGCCAAUGUGCAAAUUGCGAAGCAAGGAGCCUCAAGGUUUUCUAGUAUCAUCAUUGCAUUGACAGAUGGCAAGCUAGAUGGUCAGAUUCCCCUGUAUGCAGAGAAAGAGGCCAAGAAAUCCAGAGAGCUGGGAGCUAGAGUUUACUGCGUUGGUGUCCUUGAUUUUGUACAAGAACAGCUUGAAAAAAUUGCUGACACGAAAGAGCAAGUCUUCCCUGUCACUGGAGGAUUCCAAGCACUUAAGGGGAUCAUCAAUUCUGUUUUGAAGCAAUCAUGCACUGAGAUCCUGUAUUUGGAGCCAUCCAGUGUCUGUGUGGGAGAGGAGUUUCAGGUUGUUCUGAGAGGAAGUGGCUUAACCCUUGGUGGGAGAACAGAUGGUGUAACUUGCACCUAUCAAGUGAAUGGAACUACAAUUCAUGAAAAACCAAAAACAGUGGAAUCCGAGUUCGUGCUCUGCCCUGCACCAGUCCUGUACAAAAGCGGCCAAACCCUGGAAGUUCUGGUGAGCUUGAACGAGGGGCAGUCUUUCAUGUCCAGCUCACUGACAAUCACGGCUUCAGAGUGUUCGAGCGGCGUGGCGGCGCUCAUUGCUGUUCUGGUGCUGCUGCUGCUGGUGGCCCUCGGUCUGCUCUGGUGGUUCUGGCCCCUCUGCUGCAAAGUGGUCAUCAAAGAUCCCCCUCCGCCUCCGCCAGCUCCAAAAGAGGAGGAAGAAGAAGACCCCCUGCCUACCAAGAAAUGGCCCACAGUGGAUGCUUCCUACUAUGGUGGACGAGGAGUCGGAGGAAUUAAAAGGAUGGAGGUUCGCUGGGGUGAUAAAGGAUCCACUGAAGAAGGGGCUAGAUUAGAAAAAGCAAAAAACGCUGUGGUGAAACUCCCAGAAGAGACAGAAGAGCCUUUUCACCCCAAACCACCUAAACCAAAGCCUACCUCACCAGCCAUGCAGCAGAAGUGGUACACGCCAAUUAAGGGCCGACUGGACGCGCUGUGGGCGCUGUUACGACGGCAGUACGACAGAGUCUCUCUGAUGCGACCACAGCAAGGAGAUGAGGUUUGUGUGCGGCGGGUUCCGGGCUAG